GUUCGUAUAGCCCAUUUGCUAUUUUGCUGAACUCCGACCUUUCCGUUCCCUCAAAAUCUUUCUAGGGUUUUACUCAGCCGAAUCUCUCUCUCUUACUCUCUAAUCUAUCCCGCUCGCAGUGUCUUCAACAUGAGCAGAUCGGGCCAGCCACCAGAUCUCAAGAAAUAUAUGGACAAGAAGCUUCAGAUUGGUUUGAAAAAAAGUUUGAGUUUUAUUGUACUCGUUGUUUGUGGUCUUCAGAAGAGAUUCUGGCCCAAGUGCGGGUUACUUGUCAAGUUAAAUGCAAAUCGAAUGGUCGUUGGUACGCUACGUGGUUUUGACCAGUUUAUGAACCUAGUGAUUGACAACACUGUGGAAGUGAAUGGCAAUGAUAAAAAUGAUAUAGGCAUGGUGGUUAUCAGAGGAAAUAGUGUUGUCACUGUCGAGGCUCUUGAACCAGUAAACAGAAAUUAGUGCUUAGAUAAUGCUGAGGAUUUUAUGUAUGAUUUAGUGUUUAUUUUGGAUGAUGGUAUGGCAAUUAGUUUUUUUUGAAGGAAGAUGUUGUGUAAUGUGGAUCAGGUGCUUGAUUGGUUGAAGCAGUUGUAUCACUUAUUUCUGGAUUCCCAUUUUCAAGCAGACUUAAUAGUCAUAUUAUACAUUUCUAUGGGUUCUGAUGGACAGACAAUGACUUAGGUUAAUAUAGUUCUCAUUCUGUCAUAACA